AUGACUUCUUCUAAUCUUCUUCUUCGAGUUCGACCGAUAAUUCCAAGUUCAAAAAUCGAUUUCCAACUUCCAAGUGCAAAAACAACUCCAAUCCAAGCUCCAAACCCUAAUAAAGCAAGUUUACAUGUUAAAGUAAGUGGUUUUUUUACCAAAAGACCAAGACCUAAUCCUAAUGAAAGUGGUGAAGGAUGUUCCCAAAUACCAAUCACCAAUCAAUCAAUCCCUUUAGUUUCUAAUUCUAAUGCAACCCCACAAACACCAAUCACCAAUCAAUCAACCCUUUCAGUUUCUAAUGCAAUUCCACAAACACCAUGCUCUAAUGAACCUAAUGAUAAUGUUGAUUUGAAAGAUCUUCCAAAGGACCCGACAGAUAAGCCAAAGAUUACAAGUUACAAAUCAAAUGUAAGAUAUUAUGUAAGAAGGGCAUAUUUGCUUCAAGGACCUUGUCAAAUAAGGUUAUAUAAGUUACCAAAAAAGAAAAUAGGUGAUAGAUUUAGAAGAUCCAUUCUUUCAUGGUUUGAUGGUUUUGAUUGGUUGGAAUAUAGUGUGAAAAGGAAUAGAGCAUAUUGUUUAUAUUGUUAUGUGUUUGGAGACAUCAUGAAUCAAAGAGGAGGGAGAGAUGAAUUUAUUUCCCAAGGUUUUGAUACAUGGAAUAAAAAAGAUGCAUUUCAGACUCAUGUGGGUAGUGUUGAUAGUUUGCACAACAAAGCAAGAGAAAAACUUUUAUUGAAAACCGGUUUACCGUUUCGUGGUCAUGAUGAGUCAGUUAACUCGAGAAAUAGAGGGUUUUACAUUGAAGUGCUAAAAGUCAUUCGGGAGACUAAUGAAGAUAUUUUCAACAAUACUUUAGAAAAUGCUCCUAAAAACAAUCAACUUAUUUCCCCUAAAAUUAAAAAAGAACUUGUACAAUGUUUUGCACAAGAAGUCCUUUUGAGUAUUCGCCAAGAGAUUGGUGUAGGUGUAUUUGCUUUAUUGGUCGAUGAAUCUAGUGAUGUCUCGAGAAAGGAACAAAUGGCUAUUGUUUUGCGAUAUGUUGAUAGUCUUGGCUUUGUGAAAGAAAGAUUCAUAGGCAAUGUGCACAUGAAGGAUACAUCCUCUACAACACUAAAAAACGACAUAAAUGAAAUACUUACAAGCAACAAGUUGAGUUUUAGUCAGAUAAUAGGACAAGGUUAUGAUGGGGCUAGCAAUAUGUGA